AGCGUCUAGAGCAACCCGAAUGUUGUCCCCGAGAGUACUAUACUUUGAUGAUGAAAUGCUGGCAAGAUGAUCCUAGUAAACGACCAAAAUUUUCUGAAAUCUAUGAAAUGUUGCCCGACAUGAAGCCCGAACAACUCAAGGCAGUAGCCAACUGUUUGGAAGCGAAAACUAAAGAACAUUUGGUUUAUCGACAGAAUGAUAUAAUCACGGUAUUGGAUCGUAACACGGGCACACCAUAUUGGAAAGGAGUUUUAAAUACGGGCAAAACAGGUUUUUUUAAUCCAUCAAAUACAGUAGCAUAUGUCGAAGGUCUUCCAACUUUGAACAGAGAUUCCUUUAGUCGUAAUGCUAACGAACGUUGUAGCAAACGUAAAUUAAGAACUGAAAUGAUAUCGAAACCUCAAAAUGAUUUUAAACAUACCGGCCAUGUUGGCAUAGACGGAGCUUCCUUUGGUGAUAUUGCAUUUUUGGGUACAACACAAAAUUAUAAUCAUGUGCCACGACAAAUUGUUACCCCCUAUAAACCUUCAGAAGAUAUUGAACAAACACCUCUACUCUUACCGCCCACCCCAACUAGUCCGGAUUCGUUGCAAACCGCUAGUGGUUAUUUUGCUGACGAUUCUGGCCAUAAUAAUUCCACAAUGAAUCCUUCUUUCGUACCCUCGACUGAAAAUACACCAAAACAUUUUGCCAAUAAUGGUCAAACCGGCACCACAUUCGAAUUUCCCACACACAAUACAAAUCCAUUUACGCACAAAACGAUCGAUGACAGUACAAUGGCUCUUCAAAACAACAACUAUGGCAUUGAUAGAGGUAAAGAUAAUUUACUGUGGCGUCAUUCGUCCAUUACAAAUGGUAGUGGCGCUACCGGAGGAAGCGGUGUUACAUUUGAAGAACCUCAUGAAUAUCAUGAAAUAUCCGACGAUGAUGAAAUUACUCCCGACAAGUUAGAUUUUGGACCAUCUCUGUUAGAUGAAAUUAAUUCGAUGUUUGGUUCCAUGUCUGCUACAGCCUCAUCGUCAAAAAACUCUGAAUCUGAGUCGCAUAAUGCGACUGCUAAACGUUCGGAUUUUUCCGACUUAACUUCGAAAUUAAUACGUAAGAACAGUGCAGGCGGUAACAGUUCGAAAAAAUCGAAAAAUUCUUGUGGCACAGUUAAGCAAAUUUCUGUAAAGGAUGAAAAGAUUCUCAAUCAUGCCAUAGAAAUAGCAAAUGAAAUAAGUGCUAGAUCCAUGUGUGAUUUGGUUUCUGAUCCAACACCCUCGACUCAAAGUCCUAAACGUAAGUUUAGUUUUCGUUUUCCUCAUUUAAGUGGUCAUGGCAGUAGCGAUAAAUCUCAUGGCAGUGUCAUGUCCGCUGCCGGCGGCACUGGUGGCUCUACUACUCAUAUGAAUUCAUUAUCUCCUCAUUCGAAGAAGAAGAAUUUUACGGAGGAACUUAAAAGCAUACCAGACUUACAGGUAAGUUCAGUUUAAUCGAUAAUUGUAACU